AUGCAGUCCUUCCUCAAGCAACCCAAACCGUCCCAGCAACAACAACAACCAAAACAUGUUCAUGACCCUUCACUUCAACCCUGGAUAGAAAAAUACCGGCCAAAGACGAUGGAGGAAAUCUCCGCGCAGGAGCAUACGGUGCAGGUAUUAAAGAAGACACUGGGAAGUGCGAAUUUGCCACAUAUGCUUUUCUACGGACCACCGGGGACAGGCAAGACGAGCACCAUCCUGGCCCUCGCUCGUCAACUAUUCGGUCCUGAGCUCUUCCGUUCCCGCGUGCUGGAACUGAACGCCUCCGACGAACGAGGCAUCACCGUCGUCCGAGAGAAGAUCAAGAACUUUGCACGUCAGACCCCACGCGCAGCGGACGAUGAGGCGUCUAAGGGAUACCCCUGCCCUCCGUACAAGAUUAUCAUACUCGAUGAGGCGGAUAGUAUGACGCAGGACGCGCAAGCGGCGCUCAGGAGAGUGAUGGAGACAUACGCGAAGAUUACGCGAUUUUGUCUGGUGUGCAAUUACGUGACGAGGAUAAUAGAGCCUCUGGCAUCCCGUUGCUCGAAAUUCCGUUUUCACACCCUCGACGCGUCGUCCAACCGCGCUCGGCUGGAGUAUAUCGCCACGGCAGAACACGUCUCGGUCACACCAGCAGUUAUCAGCACGCUCAUAUCGACCUCGGAGGGCGACCUGAGGAGAAGUAUCACCUACCUUCAAUCGGCGCACCGAUUGUCGGCAUCCACAAGCCCGCCGACAGAGAUCCAGCCGAGAGACAUUCAAGAGAUCGCUGGUGUCAUACCUAAUGCGGUGGUGAACAGGUUCGCCAAGGCAUUGGGUGUCGAGGUGGAUGGGGAUGUGGAUAUGGACAUAGACGCGAGGAAGCAGGGGUUUGACGGAGUCCGCAAUGCCGUGCAAGAGCUUGUUAUGGGGGGCUAUAGUGCCACUCAGGUCCUUUCGCAGCUUCACGAUAUCAUCAUCCUCCACCCGCUCCUCUCCGGCCCGCAAAAGUCUAAAUGCGCUCUCGUAUUCGCGGAGAUAGACAAGAAGCUAAGUGAUGGGGCGGAUGAGGAGCUCCAGCUGGUUGAUAUGGGGUUGAGGGUGUGGAAGGUUCUGCGAUGA